ACAAGAACUGAGAGUAAACAGUGGAAAUUAAUUGCUGGGGUUGGAUGUUGCUUUUUUUAAUUGUACUUCAUCGUUUUCAUGUGAAAUAGAUUAGGACUAAAAGAUGAUGGCAUGAAACCCGAAAAAGAAGAAAAAGGACUUGAAUAUCUUUGAAGAAAAGUAAAUCACUAAAAUGAGUUCCAACCAAUAUGCAGAGAACUCUCCACUACUUAAAGGCGAAAUAGUCAGUGUGCCAUCAGACCCUCCUCCACCUUACACAUACUCUUCUAUCAAUAAUCAACCAGAUGAUCCAGAAGAUAAAAGAACCACAAUUACCCACAAUAUUCAGGUUUAUAAGAGGAGAUGGUAUGUUCUGCUGAUAUUUUCAUGCUUUGGUGCUUGCCAAAAUUUAAUCUGGAAUGCGUGGGGGCCAGUUUCUGAUUCUGCUAAAGAUGCAUUUGAUUGGAAUGAUGGUGAUAUUGCCUUGCUAUCAAACUGGGGUCCGAUAGCCUAUCUUAUUAGUGGUAUAUUCUUCUCAUGGAUGAUUGGAGUCAAAGGUCUUCGUAUUGCUUGUACAUCAAGUUCUUUUUUAGUUGCUUUAGGAGCAGGUCUCCGAUGUUUUACGUCAACUCCUCCUCUUUCUACAUGGCUUAUACAUGCUGGGCAAUUUUUAAAUGGUUUAGGUGGACCUGUUGCCAUGACAGCUCCACCAGUAAUAUCCGCUAUCUGGUUUCCUCCUAAAGAAAGAACAACAGCUACGUCAAUAGCAUUUCUGAUUCCUAAUAUUCUAGGUGUAGCAGGGGCCUUUUUGAUUGGGCCAUUACUUGUACCAUCUCAUUCAACAAAUACUCAUAAUACUAGUCAUAUCAAUAUUUCGGAUAAAGUUUUUCAUCCUGAACAGUGGCUAUCAAAUGAUAUAAAUUCUUCAACCAAUUCCUCUAGAAGGAUAACUGCAGAAAGAAAACAUAUUAUGUUUCUCAUGUAUGUCGAAUGUGCUGCUGCACUUUUGGUGUUCCUGAUGAUGUUGAUAUAUUUUCCAAAGAAACCACCACUUCCUCCCUGUGCUUCAGCAACUAUCAAAAGACAAGAUUUCUGGAAAGGACUCAAAGAUUUAUUCAAAUGUGGUCAGUUUUGGUACGUAGCUAUAGCAUAUGGUAUAUCUACAGGUGUAUGUAAUUGUUGGGCCAGUGUAUUAAAUGUUAACCUUUCACCUCUAGGUAUAUCACAGGAUGAAUCUGGUUGGAUAGGAUUUUAUGCAACCUGUGCAGCGUGUGUAGCAUCACUUGUAAUAGCUAGAUUUGCUGAUAUAUUUUCGAAAAGAUUAAAGUUAUUUGUAUUUAUAUUAUAUGCCAUCGGAGCUGCAUUUAUAGCUUGGUUUGCUUUAGCUGCUGAUAAAAUUCUACCUACAUCUACAGUUGUAAUGUAUGUCACUGUAAUUAUUAGUAUUAUGAUGUUAAAUGCUGCAAUACCAUUAUUAUAUGAAUUAGCGUGUGAAUUAGCCUAUCCUAUUGGUGAGGGAACAACAAAUGGUGUUGUGACCAUCUUAAAUAAUCUAAGUGGAUUAAUAUUCCUAUUUAUUUUAAUGGUACCAGAUAUAGGUACCAGAUGGAUGAGUUGGACGUUACUAGGGGUAACAGUUGCAUGUUUUCCUUUAUUUGCAAUGUUAAAAGAGACAUAUCACAGACUAGAAAUAGAUGAGAAUCAAACGGUUGUGGAUAGUACAUAUAUUGUACCGGAUCCAAUACAAUAAACACUAAAACAAUA